AUUGUUGCCCAGUAUAGGCGCAAACGCUAAAAACAUUCUGCCAAAUUACUCAACUCAGAUUAUCGAUUCAUAUAAUUUCUGGGAGAUUCUCCCUUCCAUUUGCUCCAUUUCAUCAAUUGCAUUCAUAGAUUCGUUGAUCCUGGUUUAAAAUUAACAUUAUAUAUCAAUAUAUGUCAAAUUAAAAUUCGGAGGGUUUCCAAUUUCUUGAAGUUGUUUGAUCGAAUUAUUUUCGAUUAAAUUCUAACAAUGGGGUCUGGUGGUGAUGUUAUAGUGAAGCGCGCCAAAUAUAAGAAAACUGCUAAGACCCCCGGCAUUCCCGGUGUAUUCAAAUUGACUGUGGAAGAAUUUGCAUUCGCUCCUAAUGAUCCUACUUCUGGAACCAGAUUUCGAGUUAGUUUGAAUUCAAUUAAAGGGCACAGAUUCACCAAAGAAGAAACAAGUAAACAAGUGUUACUUAAUCUGCUGAAGAAGGGUGAAGGAUCGGAAGGAUAUAUCUUUGAAUUUGAGAACUUCAGAGAUAGAGAUAUAUGUCGGGAUUUUGUGGGCAAGGCCCUCGAGAAGCAUACAGAUGAGAAUCAAGCAGAUCAGAAGCACGCAGAUGAGAAGCAAGCAGAUCAGAAGCACGCAGAUGCUCAAAUAAGUGCAAAAGAAAUGGAGCGACGGAUAAAGCUUUUUCAAGAUGAUAGUGAGCUGGGGAAACUUCACAAGCAAUUGGUUAUUGGUCGUAUCUUGACAGAGGACGAGUUCUGGGCGACUAGAAAGAAAUUAUUAGAUGGUGGAAAUAAUAGAUCUUCAACCCAGCGAGUGGGAUUUAAAAGUGCUAUGAUUUCGGAUAUCAAGCCACUAACUGAUGGUCGGACAAAUAAAGUUACAUUCAGCUUGACACCAGAAAUCAUACAUCAGAUUUUUGCUGAAAAACCAGCAGUUCAUCAGGCUUUUCUGAAUUAUGUGCCGAAAAAGAUGUCAGAGAAAGACUUUUGGACCAAAUACUGCAGAGCAGAAUACCUUCACAGCACAAAAAAUGCAGUAGCUGCUGCAGCAGAGGCUGCUGAAGAUGAGGAGCUUGCUGUUUUCUUAAAGCAGGAUGAAAUACUAGCAAGUCAAGCUCGUAGAAAGAUAAGAAAGGUUGAUCCUACUUUAGAUAUGGAAGCUGAUCAAGGAGAUGAUUACACACACCUUCCGGAUCAUGGAAUCCCUCGUGAUGGUAACAAGGAAAUCACCGAGUCCCUUUCACACUAUGAUCAAUUCAAGAGGAACCUUUCACAAGAUUUGAAUCGUCAUGCUGCUGUUGUCCUCGAGGGAAGAGCUCUAGAUGUGGAAAUAGGGGACACUCGGACUGUAGCAGAGGCACUUGCCAGGUCAAAAAAAGUAGAAUUGGUUAAUGACACAUCUGAGACGAAUAAUAACCAGGAGCGGUUUAAUAGAGUCUGUAGAAUGACAGAGAUCGAGGAUCUGCAAGCUCCUCAUGAGCCACUUCUGGCACCACUCUGCAUUAAGGACCCUAGAGACUACUUCUAUUCACAACAAGCUAAUGCACUGAAAACUCUGGGAGAUAGUGCAAUCGGAGGUAGAUCUGUGAAUCGCCAUGUUAGCACGGGGGAUGCUUACUGCUCUAUGAGGGAAUCCAUUUCUGACAUUAAGUCUGUGGGACUUCAAACAUCCAUCAUUAAAGCUGAAGUUGCUUUUAAGGUUCUGAACAGUUUGACUCAUAAUAUAUCUAGUACGAAGUACACUCUUGGGAGUAAUAACCGGGAAACUGUACUGGAUAGAUUGCCCAGCAGAACAAAAGAAGAGUUGUUAAAUCACUGGGCAUCCAUUCAGGAAUUGCUAAAACACUUCUGGUCAUCAUAUCCAAUUACAACACAACAUCUUUCUGUAAAGGUUAAUAGACUGAAAGAUGCAAUGGCUCAGAUAUACCCGAAGCUACAGGAGAUUAAGGAAUCUGUGCAGUCAGAUCUCAGACAUCAAAUUUCCCUUCUGGUUCAGCCUAUGGUCCAGGCUUUAGAUGCUGCGUUUGCACAUUAUGAUGCGGACUGGCAAAAGAGAAUGGCAAAAAGUGGACUAAAACCAAAUGGAUCUAUCUAAAGUUUUGUUUUCAUUUAUUACAUUCUUUUCAUCAUAAUCUCGAGUUACAUUUAACAAUUUUGUUGUGACAACAAUCUGUUGUAGAUAUACUUUUGAUCAUUCCUGUAUAAGUAGAAUUUUGGGUUGUGAUAAUAGUGUUUACAUGGUUGUAGGAAAAAUUUUGUGUAGGAAAAAGCAACUUUGAUGUCCUCGCUAUUGCAGGAAUAGUAGACCUGAUGUAGAGGAAAACUUUGUCAGGGUCUGAUAUAUGCAAGAAUUUUACUGAGUUUGACCUUUUUA